AGGGCACUUAUCUCCCCUCGAAAACCCUAGAGUUUGAGAAAGGCGGAAACCCUAGUUCUGCAAUCGGAGCUUUUGCCGGCCUUUGCUCACUGGAUUCCGCAGCCAUGGCGACUGCAAGGACCGUUAAGGAUGUCUCUCCUCACGAGUUUGUCAAGGCCUAUGCCGCUCAUCUCAAGCGAUCCGGAAAGGUUGAACUUCCGCCAUGGACAGAUAUAGUCAAAACUGCGAGAUUCAAAGAACUCGCCCCAUAUGAUCCUGAUUGGUAUUACGUGAGAGCUGCAUCCAUGGCAAGGAAGAUCUACUUGAGAGGAGGUCUUGGUGUUGGGGCAUUUAAGCGAAUUUAUGGUGGAAGCAAGAGGAAUGGAAGUCGCCCUCCACACUUUUGUGAAAGCAGUGGUGCCAUCGCCCGGCACAUUCUACAACAGUUGCAGGAGAUGAACAUUGUUGAUGUGGACCCAAAGGGUGGAAGGAGAAUUACAUCAAGCGGGCGACGAGAUCUCGAUCAAGUUGCUGGCAGAAUUGUUGUUGCCCCUUAGAUCGAUCAAUUACCUGUUUUGUUAACUCGAGACUUAUAUUUUGCUGAUGAGAUAUAAUUUCUUAUGUUUUGCGCCAUUAAAGUUUUAGAUUUAGCCGUUGAAAGAUUUUCCAGAUGAAGAUGGUUGCUCAUGUUUUAUCUCGAGUUUUGAAUUGUCUGUCAUUUGCUCUUCCGUUCAUUA